AUGCCGAGAAGCACGUCUAUGAAAUGGGCUAUGGUUUGUUCUAUCGAUGAUCAUUCGUUAGAGUUUGGCAUAUGGCUGUGUGAGGCACUUACUGUUGAGGGAUUUAAAAGUGGUUUCACUCACCAAUUCGAUCAUAAACCAGAAACUGUUUUACAUGUAGAGCCAUCAAAUUAUGAUGCUUUUGUAGCUGCGUAUGAAGAGCAUCCAGGCGUAAUGUUGAUUUUUCAAAUUUUACCUUCUCAGAACUCAGUGGUUUACGAAUGGAUGAAGCAGUUAUCUGGUCACAUUGGCAAAAUUAGACAAGGAAUUGUUUUAGAAAAUGCUCUUUCAAAGUUUGCAAAUCACGAUUUACAUGAAGUGCUCACAAACAUACUUCAUUGGAUCUCUCGUAGUAUAGCUAUUGAUCGAGAGUGGCCAACUGCUUCAAUAAGAAUCACUGGGUUUCCAACAACUUUCAACCAGUAUCAACUGGCUGCAAUAUUCCAUAAUUUCAACGUAGUUUCUGUUCAUUUCGAGGAUGAUUUUGGUGUUGUUUGUUUUGCUAACAAGUUUCACGCUGUGCAAGCUGUCGAACUAUUCAAUAAUUUGCAGCUUGAUUCUGAGCAUAUUCUUAAGGUAACUGCCAUUUCCGAACAGCUUAAGGGGCAAGUUGCGUUGACUAGUGGAGUUACUAUAGAGCCUUUACAAAGUGUUGCUUCAAACUGA